AUGGCGCCAUGUCCAUACAUCUCGCUCACGCUACCUCGACGUUUGGCGGACAUGAUGGCCCGCAGCUUCUCCAAGGAUUUGCGCCACAAAAAGGGGAAGCUUCGGGCUUUCAACGAGCGCGCCGUGGAAAGAUCCUGGAUCGGCGGCACAGACUGGAUAACGGGUAUGAUCGCUUAUCGUGGAAAGAAGCAAGCGUGUUGGCUCAACUCCGGACUGGCAUGGCAAGACUAA